AUGGCCGAUCCCCGUAUUGAAGAAAUCGUCGAUGACGAGGUCCCCAAGACCGUCGAGGAGGGCAGUGACUCCGAGUCCGAGGCUGGUGAGACCAUUCCCAGCGGCGCCUCCGUCACCAUCCAUUCUCGCAAUGAGAAGAAGGCUCGCAAGGCCAUCGCAAAGCUCGGCCUUAAGCACGUUCCUGGCAUCACCCGUGUUACUCUCCGCCGCCCCAAGAACGUUCUCUUCGUCAUCAACAACCCCGACGUCUACCGCUCCAGCAGCAACGCUUGGAUUAUCUUCGGUGAGGCCAAGAUCGAAGACUUGAACCAGACUGCUCAGGCUUCCGCUGCCCAGCAGCUUGCUGCCGCUGAGGCUGCUGAGCACGAGGGUCACGACCAUGACCACGAUCACGAGGGUCACGAUCACGACCACGACCACGACCACGGAAAGGGCAAGGCCCCCGAGACCAAGGAGGACGAGGAGGAUGAUGGUGAGGAGGUUGACGAGAGCGGCCUCGAGGCCAAGGACAUCGAGCUCGUCAUGGCACAGGCUAGUGUGCCCCGCAAGAAGGCCGUCAAGGCUCUUCGGGAGAAUGGCGAAGAUAUUGUCAACGCAAUCAUGUCUCUCAGUCUAUAG